AUGGGGUGUGGGCGGCUGUUCUUUGGGAUCAGAUGGAGUUUGGUGGCAUUAUGGUUUCUUUCGCUUGGUUGCUUCUCAUUUGCGUUGGCCUGGCCCUCACUCCAAGUAUGUGCGAAGAUGGAGGGGUUUGCAAUGCAGAGGACGAACUGUGUUUGGUGGUUCUAUCCGAUGUUUUGGCUUUUCCAGAUAUCGAGCGAAUGGCAGAGAGGGGUACAAAACGCUAUUCUCUUCGGAGAUGAGAUGGCUUGGCGAGAUUGGAAGAGAGUUAGUAGAGCGAAGCUGAAGGUGGCUCUGGAGAAGAGUGAGAACAGAACAGAUACUCAUAAGUUCCAAGGGGGUUUCUCGGGUAUGGCGAUCGAAGUUGAGUGGGUUGCCUGUGUUACUUUCCCGUGCUUUGAGGCACCAGGGGAAUCAUGA